CGACCACCUUGCUUUACGGCGUUUGAAGGACACGCCCAGAAAUCGCUGGAAAAUAUUCUAACAAGUGUCUAGCUGUGAGGUUAAAUCGAAGUUAUGUGCCAAAAAUCUCAUAUUCGUCACUGAACAUUAGAUGUGUUUUAAUCGUAGCAAGCCAGUUGUGCUUGGUAUGCACUGUAGCUAUAUGUUUCAGUGAGAGUGCCAAAAGUUUGAUAGCUAGCUAGCAAGAGAGACCACUCACAAUCCUUGAUCUGCACUGCCAGAGCUAUUUUGGGAGGAUGACCAAAAGACGAAAGCAAACCACAAGUUUCACACCUCCCCCGCCUAGGUCACUCAGAUCAAGGAAGAGAAAGUGCUGGGAUGAGUCAGAGGAGAUCGCCCCCUCUGGAGAGGCAGUGGAAGCACAGCCCUCACACCUAGAACAGGACACUGAGGGAAGAGUGUUAAACACCUCCUCUUCUCCUAAAGAUCCCCACCACCCUCUGACGGCCUGUACUACCCAUCCAUCUGAGCAGGCUAACAAAGCGAGAGAUACCACUGCACCCAAGCAAGAGGGUGAUCCAGUGGAGGAAAGUGCGGUUGUGACUGGCUUCGAGGGAGAACAGGCCAUUGGAGGGGCUGUGGAGAGGGAGGGCACAGAGGAAUCAGUUCCAACCAAUCAGGAUGGUGGAGAUAGUCCACAGGAAGACCAUAGUGUGGAGUCCUCCGUUAAAGAUGACGAGGGUAAAGAAGAAGAAGACAUCAAGACACAGAGUUUCCUCAGCUUCCCCCCACACCCACUGACUGUAGCAGUGGGUGUGGGAGAACGCCCUCAGCCCUCCCUGCUUCCCUCCAAGGAGGUCAACGUUGGGGACGGGGACAGUCAAACCGACAAUGAAGAGGAGCAGUGUGGAGAGAAGAACCCGAAGCCCAAAAUGGAGGAGCUCGACAGUGAACAGCAGGAGGCUAUAGAUGACAGAGGUGUUUGUCUGGGUGGUGGGAGGGAGGGGCCUCCAGUGGAGGAGGACAGAUCUGUGGAAGCACCAGUGAAGAAGAGGAGAAGGAGAAUGGGGAUGUGUGGUCUGGGAGAGAGAGAGAGGGAGAGGAGGAGAGGAAUAGAGGAGGAGCGGCAGAAGGAAAGAAAGAGUGUGACGGAAGGAGGGAGGGAGGGAGAAGAGAUGGUGCUGGUGAGGAAAGCGGAGGAGGAGAAAGUGGAGAAAGAGAGAGAGGAGGACAUCGAGCAGAGUGGUGAUAGUGGUGGUGGUGAUGCCAACCUGGUGGCUGUAGAGGGAACUGCAGCAACAUUAUCCUCUGAUCCGUCCCUCUUUUCAUCCAUCCCUCCAUCCGCUCCUCUGGGGAGUACCACUGAGCAGACGAAGAAAGAGAAAGAAGAGGAGGAGAAGUUAGAUGAGGAGCAGCUUCAGUCAGGGGGAGAGGCAAGCCAUGCAGGCCCCAGCGAAGUGGCUUAUUCUGGGCCAGAGCAGGUCACAGGAGAGGGUCUCCGGACCGGCCUGGAGGUGGACGCACUGGGCAGUGAGCAGCCUGUGGUGUUGGGGGAAGAAGAGCUAGACACAGAGGGGGUUGUGGAGAAGAACCAGGAGGGGGACAGGGGGGGCUGUGGGUCUAAUGAGCCAGAGGAGAGCCCCCCUAGGGCCCCUACACCAUCCUCCACCACCACCCCUACCUCUAUCCCUCUGGAGGUUGGGACAGAGAGGGAGCACCACGGAGAGGUUCAGAGCUCACCUACCCAGAGAGAGAGGGGGGCUGAAGAUGGGGCAGGGGCUGGGACUGUGGACAACCCCCGGGCACUCAGUCUGGCCCCGGCUGACAGAGUAGAGUCCACCAUGCCUCCCCCCACAAAGCCAAGUCCUGGAAGGGAGGGGAACAACCAGGCUGCAGUGACAACUGGUGGCUCGGAGGAGAACAACCAGGCUGCAGUGACACCUGGUAGCUCGGAGGAGAACAACCAGGUUGCAGUGACACCUGGUGGCUCGGAGGAGAACAACCUGGCUGCAGUGACACCAGGUGGCUCGGAGGAGAACAACCAGGCUGCAGUGACACCUGGUGGCUCGGAGGAGAACAACCAGGUUGCAGUGACACCUGGUGGCUCGGAGGAGAACAACCAGGCUGCAGUGACACCUGGUGGCUCGGAGGAGAACAACCAGGCUGCAGUGACACCUGGUGGCUCGGAGGAGAACAACCAGGCUGCAGUGACACCUGGUGGCUCGGAGGAGAACAACCAGGCUGCAGUGACACCUGGUGGCUCGGAGGAGAACAACCAGGCUGCAGUGACACCUGGUGGCUCGGAGGAGAACAACCAGGCUGCAGUGACACCUGGUGGCUCGGAGGAGAACAACCAGGCUGCAGUGAUACCUGGUGGCUCGGAGGAGAACAACCUGGCUGCAGUGACACCUGGUGGCUCGGAGGAGAACAACCAUUCCACCACCCCAGACCUGACCAGAGCCGAUGAUGAUGCUACUGUCGUUGACCCGUUUGGAGCGCUGGCUCUGAACUACGUGUCUGACUCUCAACUCAACACCAUCACUCUGACUGAGAAAGAGGAAGAGGAGAAAGAGGAAGGGCACGAAGACGCUACAGAACUGGUCUGUGGCCUGAUCAGAGAACUCUCCUACCUAAAUCGGGCAGUGAUGGCUACCCAUCGGGAGCUAGAGUCUCUUCGCCGUGGCAACAAGACAGCGAGGCCUCCCCCACGCCGCGUCUUCCCCCCACGACGCUCUGAGAUCUAGAGUGCCUUCCAAAUAGCACCCUAUUCCCUAUAUAGUGCCCUACUUUUGACCUGGGCCCAUAGACACUAUAUAGGGAAUAAGGCUCUGGUCAACAGUAGCACACUAUAUAGGGAAUAAGGCUCUGGUCAACAGUAGUACACUAUAUAGGAAACAAGGUGCCAUUUGGGACCUACAGCGAACCAUCAUCCAAUGCCCCAAAGGCUCAUGGGUAACAGUCUUCACAUAGCGGAGGCUCACUUGAAAGUUGAUUUGUAUUUAUGUUUUGACUUGAAAACUCAAGAUCAGUUUGAGAACAAUGAUCCAAAGUAUCAACCCAGAUUAGAACUGAAUGUUUGUCAAGUUAUAUGGACACAACAUUAUAAUAAUAAUGCUGGUCUAUAAUACCAUUUAAGGGUUCUUUUCUUCUCCUCUGUCUUUCCUAAUGCUGAGGACAUCAGUUUGGAACAGUAUGUAGUUACUGUGUUUUGUAGAAUGUGUUAUAAAAUAAAUCAUUACUAAGGUGAAUCUUUGGUUAUUGUACAUCUCAUGUCAGUCGUGGCUCCAUGAAACAUGUUGCUUUUAUAACUAACCAGUCUGAAAAGAUUCCCAACAUAAAGAUCACCUUUACCACUAAGAUCUAAAGUCCACCUGUAGACAAUGCC